AUGGAGAUGCCCAACGACUUGGCGACGUGCAUGGAGACUAUUCCGCCGGCGCUCGAUGAGCUGGCGAAGAGCCAGGGCACCGUUCAGCAGAUCGCGCUUUAUUGCAAGGCCGCCUACCAGGAGGGCGCCGACGUCAAUGCGGUCUUUGAACAGACCAAGAACUAUACCAACGAUGCCCUCCAAAAUGUAGUUUAUCAUGUACACAACGUCGGUCUCCAGAUUACCAACUUCUUGGAGGUUCAAAUGAAGGAGAUUGAGAAGAUCGAUCUCCAGGUGCGACUGCUCAGCGAGCGUAUGCGCGCCUGCCACGAAGCGUCGGGCGCGCCCGACAAGCAGCUGAUGGAGGCGCCGCACCCCUACAACCAGGCCCUCCCGUCGCGCAAGCUUGCCGGCCACGAGCUGCCUUGGUCGGCCCAGCCCCUUCAGCCCCUCCCGCGCACCAUCAUCGACCUCAACGCCCUCGACGGCGUGGGCAACGGCGACUCGUCCAUCACCUCCUCGCGCAGCGGCGCCCCGUCGCCCCGGUCCAUCUCCUCUUCCUCUUCACUCGCGUCGCCUCACUCGGGCUUUGGUGGCCCGCCUCCUCCCCCGAUGAGCUCCGGCGCCCCUCCUCCGCCCCCGCCCGACGCUGGCUUCGCCCCGCCGCCUCCGCCCUACUAA